GUUUAGAUUUUGCAAAUUUAAACGAUAGCCGUGUCUCCCGCUCACUCUCAUUCACUCAGUCUUACGACUCCGCUUUUAUUAUUAUCUCGCUUUCACUCUUUUCUUCUUCUUCCAUCUCCACACACUACCUUCCUUGAGGGAAGGAAAAAUGAAUAAAGAAAAUGUGGAGAAUGUUAGGGUGACUCGAGCAAGGGCUAGAGCCAUGAAAGCCUCUUCAACAAAGGAACCAGCUAUGGUUGGACUAAGGGAUGUGACUAACAUUUCAACAAAAUCAUCGCACAAUAAUAAGCGUCUUCAUACGUCAAAUUUGCAGAAGAAUGAGGUUUGUAAGAAGAGAAAGACCAAGGUAACUUCAGAAGAUAAUGCCUACUUACAAGUUUUGACAACCAAAGAGAAUGCUCAGACGGAGUUGGCUAAAGAUUCUUCAACAUCAGCAAUAACAAUGAAAGAUUCACUGCAACUGAAAGUUCAACCUUAUCUGGUUGUUCCCAUGCUUUCAAUGCAGGACUCUGUCAAGUCUCCAAUUGAAGAUAUAAAUCUGAUAUGUGAGAAACUAAGAACCUCAGUUGGCUUUGGAGUUGUAGACAUUGAUUCGGAGGCAAAGGAUUCUCUUGUUUGGACUUCUUAUGCCCCUGAUAUAUACUAUAAUAUUCAUGUCAGAGAGUGUGAAAGGAGGGCACUAGCCGAUUACAUGGAAAAGGUGCAGCGGGAUAUCACUCCAACCAUGCGGGGAAUUCUGGUCGAUUGGCUUGUGGAGGUUUCUGAUGAAUAUAAACUAGUUCCAGACACACUCUACCUUACAGUGAAUCUCAUUGAUCGAUUCCUUUCCUGUCACGUGAUUACAAGGCAGAGGCUCCAGUUGCUUGGUGUUACUUGCAUGCUGAUUUCAUCUAAGUAUGAAGAGAUCUGUGCUCCCCGACUAGAAGAAUUUGUCACCAUCACAGAUAAUACAUACUCGAAAAAAGAGAUGUUGAAAAUGGAGAAAGAGGUACUGAAUGUUCUGCAGUUCCAAUUAUCUGUUCCUACAAUCAAAACAUUUCUCAGGAGGUUCAUCCAAGCAGCACAAUCUUCUUACAAGGCUGCUUAUCCUGAACUGGAAUUCAUGGCAAAUUAUUUAGCAGAGCUUACACUUGUUGAAUACAGCUUCUUGCAGUUUCGACCUUCCAAGAUAGCUGCAUCUGCAGUUUUUCUCGCCAGAUGGACCCUCGGCCAGUCAGAACAUCCAUGGAAUCCGACUCUUGAGCACUAUACAAACUACAAAGCAUCAGAGCUUAAAACCACUGUCCUUGCACUGCUCGAUUUGCAACUUAAUAAUACCAAAGGCUGUGGUCUGAAUGGUGUCCGCGACAAAUAUAAACAACAGACGUUCAAGAGUGUGGCAAGUUUUUCUCCGAAACCGGUGGAACCUCUUUUCUAGGCUCAACUGUAUAAGUUAAAGAAUAAAGAAUGACUUUAGGAAAUUUCUGAAUAAAUAUAUACUGAAGGUGAGAUUAUAUCUGAUUGUUACAACUAUUUUGUAAUCAAAUUUUGAUGCUAUUCAUUUCCAAUUACGGUCUAUUCUAUUCCGUAGUUGUGACUUGUAGAGGAUGGUACCAAUCUCUGGUGCUUCUUGAUCUCCUUGUAGUGAAUGAUACAAUGACAGUAGGGAAUUGUAUUAAUAAUAAUGUUACUAUUGUAUUGUAACAAACAUUCUUAUUUAUAUUACAAUAAUAAACAAUUAUCUUACAUAUUGUUGUCGCGAAUAAACAAUUGUCUGUCAUAUUGUUAUAGCAGUUUGAUUUCUUAUCGUUAUUCACCAGAGACACUAUAUUUGCUUUGAACUAGACAUAUUCGCAAAUAUUGUCUUCAAAGCAAACAUGAUUUCAUAAGUGGAUAUUUCUAAUGGAUUCCAGUUUUCGUCUAUCUCUAUAAAACAAACUCAGGUAGUUGUUAAACAGGCUCUCAGGUUAGUACUUGUAUUUAAUGGAGAGCAACUGAGGAUUAUAAUGUAAGAAGGUACAUACACAGAAAGAAGGAAGAUACUACAAACAAGCUUCUUAUACAUAUAUUCGUUCGUUUGAUCCACAAUAUCUGCUUGAUCCUUCUCAACGCUGUCCAUUUCGAAAAAUUACAUACCAUAGUAAUCAAAACAGUGUCACAAACAACAUCUUGCUGCCAGAAGUAACACCAUAGCAUCCAAAACCGAAAUGCCUCCUUGCGAUUCUCGAGGAUUCCAUAGCUAGCAUGCAGUUUAUGUCAUCAAAGGAGACACUAAAACAGCAGUAUUUCCAAUUACAGGC